CCGGCCAAUCUUCUCUAUUGGGCCCCCUGUGGCUACCUGGGCACCUGUGGCCCGCCCAUUUACCUGAGUAUAAUUGUUGUGGCCCCACAGUUUGAAUUAUUGACAGCUUGCACCUAAGCACUAUCUGAGAUGGCAAAACAACAGAGAUGGCCUCCUGUAAUUUCAGAAAGAGUGCAGGUAAGGCGGAAGAAAUUCCGCAGGAGGCUUUCAGAGGACCUAGAAAAAACCGCUUUGCGGGUCCAGAGGGCAGAUUCUGAAAAAGAACAAAAAAAAGCAAUGAAAUUUCGCAAACCUCAUUGGCCUCCAGUGAUUUCUUCGGAGGAAAGCGAAAAGAGGAGACUGUUCCGGGAAAGACUGGAGAGAAAGGCUUCCCUCCAAGCCACCCCAUCCACUAGACAGUCUAGGAAAGGUCUGCGGAGAGAGUCUUCUCUGCAAGCCACCCCAUCCACUAGACAGUCUAGGAAAGGUCUGCGGAGAGAGUCUUCUCUGCAAGCCAACCCAUUCACCGGUCCGCAGUGGCCUCCAGUGAUUUCUUCGGAGGAAAGUGAAAGGAGGAGACGGUUCCGUAGAAGAUUGGAGAGAAGGUCUUCUCUCCAAGCCACCCCAUCCACCAGUCAACAGUGGCCUCCAGUGCUAAAAAAUGUCAGAGUAUCAGUUCCUACAUGCGCAUCGCUGGCUGUGCUCCCUCCUCCAUCGGCUGUAUCUGCUGCAGCCCUUAAAAGGGUACCAAGGGCCACAGCCUGGAGACGGAAAAAGAGGGCCGAAGAGGACAAAAAAGCUCUUAAGCAACAAAAAGGCAUUGCACGGAGAGCAGAUCCAAAAGGAUAUCCGUGCAGAUUGUGUGGACAGCCAAAGAGACUGGAGUUUGGACACAGUUUCUUUAGGGGGAAAAGUUUCUGUGCCACUGCAGCUGGUAGGACUGUAUCGCAAUGGCUUUCUGAGCAGAGGAGGGUUGCAGCUGCAGACAACUAUGACAACGUGCCUCGGACAACUGCUUGGAGGAAGAAAAAGAAAGAGGAAGAAAUUGCACAGGGCCUGCCUCAGAAAAGGCCAAAGAAAUGUAAACCGCUGACUUGCUCUCUUUGUCAGCAGCCCAAAACCAAGGACUAUGGUCACUCACACUACGGUGGAAAAUCAUUUUGUAGCAGUUACGAGGGCAAGACUGUGGAACUUUGGCUGGCAGAGCAGCGGUCUCUUGCUCCCCCGUAA